UGCGUGCCUUAGGGAGCUCUGUCUCUGUGUCUCCCUUGCGGAACAGGGGCAUCUUUAUUGUCUUUUAUCGCACCUCGCAAAUAAAGAGUAGAGGGGACAGGGACACAAGCGUACUGGUGUCAGCGUGGGACCUCCCUGGGAAGAGGACGCUGCGAAGGCGCAAGGCAGGAGUGUAAAGGGUAAGACACACAGGCAGCCCAGCGAGGCCGUGCUCAGUCUCCGAUCGCUCGCUUUCCCCUUCGCCUCGCUGCCUGCGCCCUGCGCCGCCGGACCCCGCCGCCCCGUCACCGAGCCCCUGCCGUGCCCGGCGGGAUCUUUGCCCGGCCCCUCGUGCGGCGGCGUGGUUCGAGCGGAGGGAGACGGAGCUGGCUGGUGGGACUUUUUACCCAAUCGCAAGGUGGAUGGGAGGAAAUGUACAUUUGGCAAGUCUCAGCGCCUGACUGGAAAAGCGAAGAAAAAGUAGAAGUGCUUUGUUCCUCGGCCAUGCCCACGCCUCUGGGGAGCGGGGACACGGGCAAGGAACCAGCCUCCCAGGGGCAGCGGGAGGAGGCAAGUCUCAACAGAAGCUACAGACAUGGAGAAUGGGACCGAGCCUGUCUGCGCGGCAAAUGAGCGCCCGUUUACUCACGAAAUUGUCAGAAGCCUUGAUCUAACAGGUAUAUUUCUCUUUGCCAUCUUGACUCUAAUGACGCUAACAGCCAACCUGGUGUUUGUAGAGGAAGUGUUCUAUAUCUACAGGAAAACCCCCUCCUCUAAAAGGACGAUUUUUAUUUGGAUAAAUGCAGCAGCUCCGGUUAUAGCUACUACAUCAUGCAUCGGGAUGUGGAUUCCUCGCUCAACAAUGUUUACAGAUUUCACUGCAGCAGUUUUUUUUGCCAUUGUGAUCCACAAGUUCAUGCUGAUGAUGAUUAAAGAGUGUGGAGGUCAAAAGUUAUUUCUCACUAGAUUUGAAAAUGAUCGUUUCAAGAUCAGCACAGGUCCCUGCUGUUGCUGUUGCCUUUGCCUCCCUCAUGUACACAUCACUAGACGAACCCUGUUUCUGCUGAAGUUGGGGACCUUUCAAUUUGCUUUCCUUCGACCUGUGCUAAUGUUUCUGUCAAUAGUGCUUUGGACCAAUGGAAACUACAGCCUUUCUGAUUUGACUCCUAAUGGAGCUGCAAUAUGGAUUAACUGCUUCGUCGGUGUCCUUACAAUGAUUGCUCUAUGGCCGAUUGGAAUCAUGUUUCAACAAGUUCAAGUUCUUCUUAACCCUAAGAAGAUCAGCCCUAAGUUUGCACUUUAUCAGUGUGUCCUCAUUCUGAGCCAACUCCAGGCAGCCAUCAUCAACAUCCUGGCUCUGCAGGGAAUUAUUCCCUGUGCACCACCUCUGGCUUCUUCAGCAAGAGGAGCAUAUAUGAAUCAACAGCUCCUCAUAAUGGAAAUGUUUCUGAUAACACUGAUCUCAAGGGUGGUGUAUAGGAAAAGAUAUGAUGAUCUGAAACUUCCAGAGUGCACUGACCAGGAAACUAGCGACAGCAAACAGAACACCAAGAUCAACCUAAAAGGCAAAUUUAUUGAAGAUGGAACCCAAAAUGUGUAGAAGGUGGAUGGAUGUGCUGUCUUGUGAAAGCUGGGACAAUACUUGUAGCCCAACUCAGCUUGCCCAUGGCAAGAUCCUGACUAAUGUAUAUUCUUUACUUGAGGAGACGUCCAUUGCAGCCUUUAUAUCCUUAUACUGCAAAUAGCAGAUUUCCAAGCUGGAACAGCUUCUGGUAUAAAUUCCUGUGACCUGGACAGAAAGGACCAAAAAGUGGGAGGAUAAACCUCCUUAUUUUCCAGAGAUACUGUCAUAAAUAUAAAGGGAAGGGUAAACCCCUUUAAAAUCCCUCCUGGCCAGAGGAAAAAUCCUCUCACCUGUAAAGGGUUAAGAAGCUAAAGGUAACCUCGCUGGCACCUGACCAAAAUGACCAAUGAGGAGACAAGAUACUUUCAAAAGCUGGGAGGAGGGAGAGAAACAAAGGGUCUGUGUCUGUCUGUGUGAUGCUUUUGCCGGGGAUAGACCAGGAAUGGAGUCUUAGAACUUUUAGUAAGUAAUCUAGCUAGGUAUGUGUUAGAUUAUGAUUUCUUUAAAUGGCUGAGAAAGGAACUGUGCUGAAUAGAAUGACUAUUCCUGUCUGUGUGUCUUUUUUGUAACUUAAGGUUUUGCCUAGAGGGAUUCUCUAUGUUUUGAAUCUAAUUACCCUGUAAGGUACCUACCAUCCUGAUUUUACAGGGGUGAUUCCUUUACUUCUAUUAAAAGUCUUCUUGUAAGAAAACUGAAUGUUUUUUCAUUGUUCUAAGAUCCAAGGGUUUGGGUCUGUGGUCACCUAUGCAAAUUGGUGAGGAUUUUUACCAAACCUUUCCCAGGAAGUGGGGUGCAAGGGAGGAUUUUGGAGGGAAAGAUGUGUCCAAACUACGUUUCCCAGUAAACCCAGUUAGAGUUUGGUGGUGGCAGUGGAGAUCCAGGGACAAAGGAUAAAAUUAAUUUGUACCUUGGGGAAGUUUUAACCUAAGCUGGUGAAAGUAAGCUUAGGAGGUUUUCAUGCAGGUCCCCACAUCUGUACCCUAGAGUUCAGAGUGGGAGAGGAACCUUGACAGAUACAUACACAGAGUGAGAGAUUUCUGUCUCCAUAUAAUUUCAUGCAGUUGUCAGACAGUUUAGGUCCCAUCAGCUUGUUUGAACCCUGCAGUGUAAAUGUGAAUUGAUAUAAUACAGGUUUGCACAUAUUAUGGUCUUUAUAUAAUGUGGCAACACUGGAGACUCACUCUUUUUGUUUUUUUCCUCAUUUCAUGUAGCCACCUCUGUGUUUGGAGCUCUCUCCCUGUUCCAACAAUUCAGGUGCCCACCCUCUCUUUGUUCAAAUCCCUCCUCAACUCUCACUCUUCUCACCAAACCCACAACAGCUAACAUACCUCAGUAUAUAUAUCCUUUCAGACCCCAAAACAUCCUGCAUGCGAUAUUCAGCUCAGUAGAUGAUAAGCUCUUUGGUGAGGGCUGUCACUUUUUCCUGUCUUUUUUUAUACCAGUGAUUCUGAAUCUUUCCAGACUACUGUACCCCUUUCAGGAGUCUGAUUUGUCUUGCAUACCCCAAGUUUCACCUCACUUAAAAUUACUUGCUUACAAUAUUGACAUAAAAAUACAGAAGUGUCACAGCACACUAUUACUGAAAAAUUGGUUACUUUCUCAUUUGUCUGUAUGAAAUUUAAAUUUGGACUGACCUCGCUUGUGCUUUUUAUGUAGCCAGUUGUAAAACUAGGCAAAUACCUGGAUGAUUUGAUGUACCCCCUGCAAGACCUCUGCGUACCCUCAGGGGUAUGCAUGUCCCAGGUUGAGAACCACUGCUUUAUACCAGUAAGCACACAGUAACCAUUCAUGACUAUUUAAUAAUAGCUAUCAGUAGUCCUCCCCAUGGGAGGCAGUGUGAUCCAAUGGAUCAGGUAUGGGACUAGGAGAUAGGUGAGGUGGGUUAUGUUCUGUGCUCUGCCACUGACCUGCUGUGCCUUAGUGUCCCCAUCUGUAAAAUGGGGAUAAUGAUACUUAACUAUCUUUGUGAAGCACUUUGAGAUAAUGUAUACACAUUUUUCUAUAAAGCUAAGUAUUUUUAUUAACAGGAAUCAUUUUCAAAUAAUUGCUCCCCCUCACCCCCAAUCCUGAGCCAUCCUGAAGCCCACUAGGGACAGGGGUUCUCAAACUUUUUUUGCUGGGCCGCCAUUUGAAAGUAUUUCAAGCUCUGAUGUCCCUCCUCCCAUACCAUGCCACCCUUAUUUCUGCUCUGCUGCUUACUUCAGAGCUGGGCACCUUGCCAGCAGAUGCCGCUCUCAUGACCCCCCCACAAUAGUCUUGUGACCCCCUUUUGGGUCAGGACCCCCAGUUUAAGAAACACUACACUAAGACUUAGACUGUUUUUAGACUUGUUGGUCCAAAUACUGCCAUCACUGACACCCAUUGGUUAGUCUCAUUUCAAUGAAUUUCCGUCUAUCGUAAGGGGUCCCUGGAAAUCCAGUGUUCUUUGAGGAGGCUAAUUGCUCCAUUUUUGGUUUGAUAUAACUUCUGACACCAUGUAAUGUUUAGUAAGCUGUCAGGAGUUGUGUGUCAUGAGAGAGCAGCAUUCAGCUCCUUCUCAGUCUCUUCUGGCUUCUCUAGUUCACAUUGGGCAUGGAUGCUUUGACCAUAUGUACACUAGGAAAAUGUAUCUGUUUUAAAUACAUGAUAUCAGAUAUGACUUAGCUUCUAGAUUCUCCCACUAAGGUUAAUCAUGACCAGCUUACACUUUUUAAACACGAUUGUACUUGUCCAUGCUAUAUGCCAAAGCAUGUUUAACAUCUUGUUGUUUAGCACGUUUUCUAACAUGAUAUAUUUUCUAAGUGUAGACAAGGCCACAGAUACUUAACCACAGCAAUUAGCAUAGUUACUCCCAUAGUUGUAAUCUAAUACCUAUCCACAUAAGAUGGCAUUUGCUAGUGUUUUAUAGUGGCUGGCUGUGACUUCCUGGGACCCCAAAUGGGGAAAAUAGACUAUUUAGAGCCAACAAGUCUUCUCAUGAAUUGGGAUUGGAAACAAUUUAAUUGCUCGUGCAAAUGGGACAAAAUCGUUUUCAAAAGUCAUGCUUUUUCUCUAAUGAUGUUGAAAAUUGUUUUGUUCCAUACAUUAAAUUCAAUGGCUUUCAGCAUUGCUUCACUGGGACCUGUUGCUAAUAACUGAUCAAUUUCCUAGUAUACAUGGGGAUUUAGAACUCAAAUUAAGUGUUGGGAACAGGCAUGGAGACUGAAUGACUUGGAUCUUCCCACACACAGUUAAAGGUGUGUCAUCUGGGCAAAGCAAGAAGCCUAUAUUGAUACUGCCUCUGAUUAACCUAUUCUGUGGAGAGAAGGCUUCAUUUUCCAUCACUGUCAUCCAAGCCUUUGUCACAAUCACAUAUCUGAAAUGCUCAUUAAAAUAGAUUUAUAUUUUAAAAUCAAUGUGAGCUUAGUUUAACCGAGAGUCUCUUUAGCUAUUAUGCUUUUAGAGUAGAUUUUUAAUACUUCUACUAUUAUUCAUGUGUCAGAUUUGAGCAAUAGAAAGACGAGGUGGGUGAGCUAAUAUCUUUUAUUGGACCAACUUCUGUUGGUGAGAGAGACAAGCUUUCGAUCCACGCAGAGCUCUUCUCUAGGUUUGGGAAAGGUACUCCAGCGUCACAGCUAAAUGCAAGGUGGAACAGACUUCUGAGCAUAAGUAGUUAGCAUAUACUCUAAAGGACCAUUCAAGGUAGGACUGACAAUUACAACUACACUGCAUAUUUGAGCAAUGAAAUUUACAGCGUAGGUAGUGAUUAGCAAGUGGAUUAAGUGGACUUUUGCGCUGGCAGCUAAGAAGACAGAUUUCCACUGAAAUCAGUUGAAGUUAGGAACCUAAAUACCGUUGAGGAUCUGGACCCAAGGCCCCAGUUCUGAAAAGCAUUUAUGCACAUGCUUAUGUAUAACCCUAAUUAGGUCAGAACAGGUCUUGCGUAAUUUUAAGCAUGUGUUUAAGUGUUUUCCUGAAUUGGAAUGCUUUCCUGAAUAGAGCCAAAAUGAUCAUGAAAGUGGCAGAAUGUAUCAAUUUUGUUGUUGUUAAUGUUUUAUUUUAAUUAUCCAAAAAUAAACCAUGACAAUGUGUUCUACUUUAUAUUUGUAAUGUGUCUUUCCUCCUAGCUCGACCUUCGGCAUUCUGAGGUGCUUUCUCCUCACUCUGGUAACGAUCACUUCUCAAUGAGUAAGAAUAUUUUGUUUCCAAUGGUGUGUAUUUGUGAUGUUAAAGGUUUACAAAUACUAUAAUGUCAAGGCUCUCUCGGUCGGAGAGUAACUGAUCUUCAAGUUCCAUGAGUCAAAUUUCAGACAGCUGCCAUAAAAUGAGAUAUCUCGGGGUGAACAUCUCAUAUCUUUGAUGCCAAGCCUGCUUCAGAUUUCCAUAUAAGAAAGGAGAGAGAUUUUUAUCAUGCCUUUUGUGAUGAUAAAAAGAACCAUCCAUAUUAAACAAAGAACUGGAGCUAGAAGUGCAGGGGACAUGCAAUCAAAGGUUAAAAUGUUGUAAGCAUUUGGAAAACUAGUGAGACUGAGGAGAAUAAUAAACAGAAAAGGACAAGAGUGACAGUACAGUUCUUGUGUGGUUGUAUAGCAAGGUGUGGCCAUGCAUGGACAAUUUGGGCUUUUUGUUGUUGUUUUUCUUCCCCCUCACUGCUAAUAGGUGAGAUGGCAGAAGUGCCUUUUUAGAAUGGUUUGGAUGUGGUGAGGGAGGGGCAGCUCAGGCGCUGACCCUGCAAUUGCACCUUCACAGAUGCUGCUGCAAGAUCAAGGCUGUUGGGCCCAGCAGCAUUGCCAUCCCCAUAUUUUCAAAAAACCACAAGUCGGGCCUCCAAAAUCAGGAACUUGGCUUUAAAAUCAUGAGAUUUUUGAAAAAUAAUUUACUUGCCUUCUGCUUUCUGAGCCUUUAGAGUUCAUGCUUUCAGGCUUUUCUCCACAGUUAUAAGGAGUGGAAACUUACUUUUUAAAAAAUGAAAUCUGAGAUUCCCUGGUAAUCCCAUGAAUCCAGGGGCUGGGCCUUUAGGAAAACCACCAAAUAUUGCAAUAAACUCACAAGCAUUGGCAAUGCUGGAACAGGGAAGGGAAGAGCAUGCUAAGCUUAAGGGUAGCAUGGAAGAGGCCUCAGAGAUGCGGCCGUCUGUGAGAGAAGGACAUAACAGGAGUACUGAGGCUGGUGUCAUUGGUAGAGUGGAGAGGGCAGGUGGGGUGAUGUAUACGGAGACUAAGUCAAAUAAUAUAAUUUGCAAACAUCAUUACUGUCAUGUUUAUCCUCUCCAGCAGAUCAUGACUGGUAAAUAAAGACCACAGAUCCCUAUGCUCUCUUUCCCCCAAACUGAUACAUUGCCAUUUAUCAUCUUUACUCUUUUUGUACAGUCUCUUAACUAUUUUGGACCCUGAUUCUCUUCCUGACCCUACCACUGAUUUGCCUUCUGGCCCCAGGCAAAUUAUUUAAUCUGCUUGUGUCUCUGCAUCCCCAAUGUAAAAUAGACACACAUUUUUAUAAAGCAAUUUAAGAGUGAUGGGUGAAAAGCAGAAUAUAUGCACCGUUAUAUUGCAUAUUUUGAAAGUCCUUUAAAACUGGGUACCAACUAUCUAAUCCUACCAUUAUUGUACAGAGGGGGAACCAGCACCUCCACAAAGUGGGUAGUUUUCUUUUUCAUUCCACCUCGAGGAGAAGAUAACUUACUAGGCAGAACAAUACAAUGAUUUGCUGUUUGCUAUGUUCAAAUCUCCAGCCUGCAUAAUCUUUGGGUGAGAGGUCAUCUAGAUCAAUUUUUCCAGCCUGUGGAAUUGGUGUGAGAAGUGGACCUUUAUACAGUUGAUUCAUAAGAGAAAAUAUACAGAAUACUCCUGUGCUCUUUUCUCUUUAAGGCACACCCUAAUGUAGUUUCUGAGAGGUCAAAGUGCAACCUCAUAGGUAGACAAGCUCUACAGUCUCCUUGCGUAAAUAUGGCAUUCUUCACGCCUCAGAAUCUCAGCUUCUAUUAAAAUACCUACUGCUUCAGCACAAAGGCAGUCAAAGAGGCAGCACGUACAGGUGUAUCUCUCAAGUGUCCUUUGUUUUUUUGCAAAAAAGAUUCUCUUUACCCUUUCUCCGCUGCAUGUUGUCCUUUUUUUGACUUGCUGACGUGUUCUCUGGGCAUAUACUGAUGCCAGUUACAGUGACAAAUGAUAAAGCUCUUGGUAUGCCAGGGCUGCACCACUGUAGGACAGGGAUUGAAAACUUGCGAAUCUAAUUGAAAACUUUUCCAUCAGAGUUCCCAAUUGCUGUAAAAUGUUAACCACUGUAAAACGCUUGUUUGAAAACAGCAAAUGCUUUCCCCAAAUGUUGACAAAUUAAAAAAAAAAACCCAAAAAACAAAACUGGUGAAAUUUCAAAGGCUUUCAACCAAUUCUAGUGUAGAUCACAAUUUAACAGUGAGAUUAUCUUGUGGACAUUUCCCCUUGCAUUGACUGUUAUGUUCUACCAUUCACAACUGUAUAUGGACCGUCUCUUCUCUGAUACCUAAUUGCACAGCACCCAUCUGGCAACUACAGCAGCUGCUCAUGUGGAAAAGUAACAUUAGGGAAGUAAUGUGGUUUUUUUUAGCAUCUUUUAAUGCAGUUUAGCAACUGGAAACAAGGAGGCGAGCCGGGAUCAUGU